AUGGCACAUUCAACUUCAACAAUUGUUGCAUUAUUCAUCUCAGUUGCACUCUUGAUCGUCUCCACAAUGGCUCAAUCUCCAUCGUCUUCUCCAAAACAAGUGCCUGCAACAACUGGAGCUCCACCGGUGGCUUCACCUUCGCCACUCACUUUUAACACUCCGCCAUUUUAUAUUCCGGGGCCAAUGGUUUCUCCUUCAUCCAUUUCCAUGCCACCGUCACAAGCUCAAGCUCCUGCCCCUGCCCCUGCUCCUUCAGAAAACGCAGCUGUUUCCAAUACAUUUUCUGUUGCCGGCUCAUAUGUGGCCUUUGGUCUAUUUGUUGCUAUUUUUAUGAUGGUUUAG